AUGAGAAAACUGCGGUCGUCUGUGAAGAAUUUGUCGGGCUGUAGAUCAACACAAGAAAUCUCAUUCGAAUACAAUGCGAGCGACGCGGAAAUACUUUUCAUGAGCAUUGACAAUAUACAAUUCAAAGUCCAUUCGUAUAUGCUGAGGGCGAACAGUGCAGUCUUCCGGGAUCUUCUGGGCGACACCUCUUCGAAACCGACUUUCCAACCUAUCCGCAUCGACGCUACUUCAACGGACUUCACCUGCUUCCUAAAUUUCUUGUACCAAAGUCACCCAACUCUACCGAGCAGUUGGACCCAAGCUGAAGUCGUCUCAGAGUUAUGCGAUAGGUAUAAAUGCGAUAUCAUCAAAGAGAGAAUGAUGCUCGCUCUAAGAUCCUUCUCACCCAAAAGACCAUGGGAGGCAUUCUGCUUUGCAAGUCACCAUGACGAUAUCAUCCUUGCACGACAUGCUCUUCAAUCACUGGGAUUAGACAAGAAGCGCAAGAAUGCCACUUCAACUGAAACCACACUUGAAGAUGCUUCAAAGGCAACUUUACCGUAUUUACUAGGAUAUUUCGAUCUGUGUAAUAUGUUGGAACCACCUUUGAUAUAUAGAUCAGGACUGCUUGAGAAAGAUUGGAAUACCCUUGGAAGCUGGUUUACACCGAGGAAGUAG